CCCUGUCUUGUGUCACUGACCUUGGUCCUCACUACGCUACUUGAAAUUGUUCCUGCGUGUCGCUUUGCUCGUGUGCCUCGAGACCAAGACUCCAUAUUUUGUGCUUCUUUUACACACACUGCUUGUGCGUGUGGAGUGGAUUGCGCAAGAUCGAAAGCGUCAGUCAGCUGCUCUAUCUGGAGGGAAGAUAUACAUACAAGUGUCGACUUCUGCUGAUACAAGAUUUAGACACAUUGUUAUCCGACACGUUUUUCUCUCUUGAAGCCCUGACCUUGGCGGUCAUUCGUUAAAGCCAUGGCGACUUCAGACUCUGUCGCGGUUCGCAGAAAGCGCAUAAUGGUUGCGAUGGACGAGACACGUGGCUCGCGCACAGCCUUACGGUGGACCAUAGGCCACGUGGCGUCAGAGGGCGAGGACACGGUGCUGCUGCUGUGCGUACAGGACCCGUCCGUGCAGCCAGUGGCCGUGACUCCCAGGUGCUGGACGGGCUCAUGGAGCGCUCUCGGCAGAUGUGCCAGGAGACGGACAAACAGGUGCAGUGCGAGGGGGUGUUUGUGGAGGGUGACGUGCGGGAGAAGAUUGUGUCCAUCUGCGCCGAUAGGGGACGAUCGACCUCCUUGUGCUCGGCAGCAGGCGCCAACUCUCCUCUCACCGCAUGUUGACGGGCAGCCGGGGCAACUACUGUGCGGUGUGUGCGCCGUGGCCCGGUGCUGGUGGUGCGCAUGGCGCCAGAGGAGGAGCAGCUGCGCCUGCAGUGCAACCGCCCGCGCCGCAUCGCUGUCGGGCUGGACCGGAGCGAGGCGAGCGGCGAGGCGUGCAAGUGGGUGCUGCACCACGUGUGCCGCGCAGAGGACCGGCUCUACUUGCUGCACGCGGAUCGAGAACCCAGCUAUGCCAUGCAGGACCGUAUGCUAGCAGCUGAUGGAAAGAAGGCCAACGACUCAAUGAUGCGACCCCACUUUGACGCCCUCAUCUCCCUUGCGCUGCAGACAAAGGGGGCAGCGUUUGAGGUGUCCACUCAUGUGCUUGAGGGCGAUCCUCGUCCGUUACUGGUGGACUUUUGCGAGCGCAACCAUAUCGAUCUGUUGGUAGUCGCUACAAGAGGAACAGGCUCAGUUCGCGGGGUUGUCCUUGGAAAUGUGAGUGCUUACAUGGUGCAAUAUUGCCCUUGCACCCUUCUUCUAUAUCGCCAAAAAACGAAGCUGAUGUCUCCUUGAUUCUACUAGCACCUUGGCUAGCAUAUUUUCAUUUCCGAUUUUGUUGUGACCAAGCUUUCAGUUUGUCUUUAUAUUGUGUUUCAAAUUACGGUUCGUGAAAAUGUA